AUGCAGGGAGCCUGGCUGCUGCCGCUGCUGCUGCUGGGCCUGAGGCUACAGCUGUCCCACGGUGUCAUCCCAGUGGAGGAGGAGAACCCAGCCUUCUGGAACCAGAAGGCAGCCCAGGCCCUGGAUGCCGCCAAGAAGCUACAGCCCAUUCAGACCUCAGCCAGGAACCUCAUUAUCUUCCUGGGGGACGGGAUGGGCGUGCCCACAGUGACAGCCACCCGCAUCCUAAAGGGGCAGACGCAAGGCCAGCUGGGGCCGGAGACGCCCCUGGCCAUGGACCACUUCCCAUACAUGGCUCUGUCCAAGACAUACAACGUGGACAGACAGGUGCCAGACAGCGCCGGCACAGCCACGGCCUACCUGUGUGGGGUCAAGGGCAACUAUGGAACCAUCGGCUUGAGUGCAGCCGCCCGCCUUAGCCAGUGCAACACGACGCGAGGCAACGAGGUCAUCUCUGUGAUGUACCGGGCCAAGAAAGCAGGGAAGUCCGUGGGAGUGGUGACCACCACCACAGUACAGCACGCCUCGCCAGCUGGCACCUAUGCACACACGGUGAACCGCAACUGGUACUCAGAUGCCAACAUGCCAGCCUCAGCACUGCAGGAGGGCUGCCAGGACAUUGCCACGCAGCUCAUCUCCAACAUGGACAUUGACGUGAUCCUCGGAGGGGGCCGCAAGUUCAUGUUUCCCAAGGGCACCCCAGACCCUGAAUACCCAAGUGACACCACCCAAAAUGGAACCAGGCUGGAUGAACGCAACCUGGUGCAGGAGUGGCUGACAAAGCAUCAGGGUGCCCAGUAUGUGUGGAACCGCCAGCAGCUCCUUCAGGCGUCCCAGGACCCCAGAGUGACGCACCUUAUGGGCCUCUUUGAGCCUGAACACUUGAAAUAUGAAAUGGACCGAGACCCAGAGCAGGACCCCUCCCUGAUGGAGAUGACAGAGGUGGCCCUGCGCCUGCUGAACAGGAACCCCCGCGGCUUCUACCUCUUCGUGGAAGGGGGUCGCAUCGACCACGGGCACCACGCGGGAAGGGCGUACCAGGCUCUGACCGAGGCCGUCAUGUUCGACUCUGCCAUCGACAAGGCCGGCCAGCUCACCAGCCCGCAGGACACGCUCACCCUCGUCACCGCCGACCACUCCCACGUCUUCUCCUUCGGCGGAUACACGCUGCGGGGCACCUCCAUCUUCGGGCUGGCCCCGCUCAAGGCCGAGGACGGCAAGGCUUACACCUCCAUCCUGUACGGCAACGGCCCCGGCUACGUGCUCAACUCGGGCAACCGACCCGACGUCACCGACCUUGAGAGUGGCAACCCCACCUACAAGCAGCAGGCGGCGGUGCCCCUGUCGUCGGAAACGCACGGGGGCGAGGACGUGGCGGUGUUCGCGCGCGGCCCGCAGGCGCACCUGGUGCACGGCGUGCAGGAGCAGAACUACCUGGCGCACGUCAUGGCCUUCGCCGCCUGCCUGGAGCCCUACCAGGCCUGCGACCUGGCGCCCCCUGCCGGCCAGAACGACAGCACCCAGACGACCAGGCGCAGUUCCGGCACUACGCCCUCAACGUGCCUCUCUACACUCACUUCACCUCUCCCAUCCGCCGCUUCGCGGACGUCCUGGUGCACCGCCUGCUGGCCGCCGCGCUGGCCCCCCACCAGCACCCUGACCACCCUCUUCCCAGGUUACAGAGAGCAGCCGGAAGUGGAGCCGCACGCCCUGCAGAAGCAAGCUGACCACUGCAAUGACCGCCGCAUGGCGUCCAAGCGUGUGCAGGAGCUCAGCGCCAGCCUCUUCUUCGCUGUCCUGGUCAGGGAGAGUGGCCCUCUGGAGUCAGAAGCCAUGGUCAUGGGCGUCCUGAACCAAGCCUUCGACGUCCUGGUGCUGCGCUACGGGGUACAGAAGCGCAUCUACUGCAACGCACUGGCCCUGCGGUCCUACCACUUCCAGAAAGUGGGCAAGAAACCUGAGCUCACGCUCCUCUGGGAGCCGGAGGACCCGGAACAGGAGCCGGCACGGCAGGUCAUCACCGUCUUCAGCCUGGUGGAGGUGGUCCUGCAGGCAGAGGCUGCCGUCCUCAAAUACAGCGCCAUCCUGAAGCAGCCGGGCCCUGAGGGAUCCCUGGCCCCGGAGGUCGAGGACGAGGAGCAGGAGCAGGAGCAGGAGGAGGAGUCCCAUGGUGCCCUGGAGGACUGA